GCUGUGUCUCAUUGCUGGCGGCGCGGGCGCGAGGUCUGACCUUCACAUAGACCCGCUGGCAUGGACUGGCUGGAACUGCCUGAUCCACGGAAGGAAGCUUUGGCACUUCUACCCUGAUGUGCCGCAGAACGCUGAAGCGUUCCGACCCAUCAAAAGACCGUUCGGCAUUAGCAGAGGAGGUGCCACAGCUACGCAGCAUUGUACUAUUGGCACUGGCUGGCACAGUGAUGUCGACCUUUUUGCCCAUCGCACUGCUGGCCCAAAGGUGAUAUUGCAGGCAGACUUCGAGAGAUUUCCGCAUGCGAAGGGGUGCACCCCGCCUCUGGAGCAUGUGCAGGAGGCAGGUGAGACCUUGAUUUUUCCUGGGCGUUGGUGGCAUCAGACAUACCACCUGGAGCCAACUUUAGGCUUCGCGGGCCAGGUGCUGAAUGAAGAGAACCUGAAGCAGGUUCUUGGACACAUCAUCACCUGGUGCGGCUUAGAAGCCGAAGGCGAAGAGUUCUGGAGACAGGAGCCAAAGGCCUUGAUUGCACAGGUGCUUGGCGAGGCGAUUGACUCAAUGUGA